AUGGACACCACCGAACCUCGGCGCGGGGCUUCAGAGGACUCAGACCCCGACUACAGUGAUCGCAGCCCCGCGUCCUUCCACGAAGCUAAACAAGAACUCCCGGAUGACCUACCUAAGUCUCUAGACGACCGUCGCUCUGUGCCGGGUUUCCAACAGGAGACAGAGAUGUACGAUGCUUGGCAGGGUCAAUCGCAGUUCCUGACUACGCCGGUCGCUGCAAAACCGCUAUCCUUCAGCCUAGCGCUCGACGACCACUCCCACGAUCCUGAACACGAGCUGCGGGCGCACUAUGGUCGCGAUCUGGAAGAUAGUGAUGCCCGACUUAUGGAAAUGCUGGCUGCUCAGGCCGCUCAUCGGGAGGUGGACUCGCUCACCGCGGACGAGGAGACGAUUGCCGGCGAUGAGAAAUUGACGGAUGACGAAAAGAGGGAUAUCCUUCAGAAGAGCUUGAAUAUGGCGGCUAGUAAUGGGGAUGUGGACCGCGUGCGAAAAUUGGUUCAGGGUCAGGCUAAGACUUAUGUGGAUGUUAAUAAGCCUGAUGAGGAGGGGACUGUGCCGUUGAUCUAUGCCAGUUGCUUUGGCCAUCACGAAGUGGUUGCUGCAUUGAUUGAUGCUGGGGCUUUGGUUGAUAGGCAAGAUCGGAAUCAGUGGAGUGCGCUGAUGUGGGCUAUGACCAAUCGACACAAGACGAUAGCGAAGAUUUUGCUUGAUCAUGGAGCUUCGCCGGAUAUCAAGUCAUCAUCUGGUGGGACGGCUCUUGACUUUGCGCAGCCCGGCAGCGAGAUUUCGGAAUACUUGCAUGAAAACGGAUACAGUUUUGGCACCGAUGCUAUUGAUGACUUCUAUGACGCCGGGCUGGCCCAUGGUCGCUUCGAGGAAGAAAUGGCCGAAAAUGAGAUGAAGCGGCGGAUGAUGAUGGAAGAGAGCGCAAUCAAUCUGGAGGUUGACUUGUCUAGCCUAGGGCUUGACGAGAAAUUUGAGCCAUCCGACGAGGAUGAGCUCGAAGAAGAGCAGCAGGAAUUUGUCUGGGACAAGUGCCUGAAUGAUCAGAUGUUUGUCUUCCAGGACCACGAGCUGGAGCGCAUUUUGGAUAUCAUUAUUACCAACAUGACUCCCCAACGCUCUCCUUCCCAGAAGCCAGUCCCUGCAAAUCUGCUCUUCCUCAGUGCGCGCUACGCGCACUAUCAUGCCAGCCCCGAAUUACUCACAACUUUGCUUUCGUCUGCAAUGGAAAAGAUCAACGAUGUCGUAGAACGGUAUCAGUGGGAUAUGACCAUGCAAGCCUUUUGGUUGUCAAAUGCCACACUUCUACUCCAUUAUCUAAAGAAGGAUGGAGGCUUGGUGGAAUCCACCGUUGAUUUCCAGCUUCAUCUGGCGGAAUUAAUCAACGAGAUCUUUGUCCUCAUCAUUCGUGAUGCCGAGCGUCGAAUGAACAAAGUCCUGGAUGCCGCUAUGCUGGACCAUGAGACCAUCCCUGGACUGGAGGAUAUUGCCUUCCAAAACGAGUGGAAGCUCUUCCGCAAAAACAAAAGCAAAAACCCAGAGCCUGACGAGAAGCGGUUCCGCCCUCCAUCCCCGCGCCGUCGUGCCCAAAUCUCACCCAGAAACAUCACCUCAUUACUAUCUUCGACUCUCUUCGUACUUGAUCUCUACGAUGUCCACUCUGUGAUCACCACUCAAAUUCUCUCUCAACUUCUCUACUGGCUCAGUGCUGAGAUCUUCAAUCGGAUCAUGAGCACAAAACGUUACCUAGCACGCACCAAAGCCAUGCAGAUCCGCAUGAACGUCUCAACGAUAGAGGAUUGGGCCCGCGUCAACAACAGAAUACCAGAGCAUUACGAAAAUGGAUCCACAAAUAGCACCGGCGAAUCCACAAUCGAAGCCGCUCGAAGACACCUAGCUCCCGCCAUCCAACUCCUUCAAUGGUUACAGUGCUUCUCCUCACUUGGCGAUGACCACGAAUCCCUCGUGAACACCCUGCUCCAACUUCAACAACUCACCCCCGCCCAACUCCUGCACGCCGUCAAAUCCUACCGCCCAGAAGUCGGGGAGAAGGGUCUCACCAAGCAAUCAAUGAAAUUCCUCAUCGACAUGCAGCUCCAUCCAGAACUUCCACACACAGAACAGCUACGAAUCCAAAUCGAAAAAGCUCAAGCCGAAGCCGGCUCAGGGCCCCAGUUCCUAGAUUCCCGGCCAAAGACACCACCGAAGACCCAGCCCGUUGCACACUCCCCGGAUACGGGUCUCUCGCCGGAUGAGGCUGGGUCAAGACCUACCAGCAUAGUUGCUCAAAGGAACGAAGAACGCCCAGGUGGCGGAAAUAGCGUCUUCUUAGAUCCUACUCUCUUCCUUCCUUUCUCUCUUCCGACCAGCACCGAUAUGCUGGUUAGCUAUGGCGCCGGCUUCGGCGGUACGAACCGCGAACGAGCGCGAAAGUAUAUUCCCACUGUCCCGCCAGAGGUCCUUAGUCGCUUUGAUCGGGGGGAUGUAUAA